CCUCUGUUCUCCUCGGUUUCACCCACCUCCCAGCGUUUUCUCUUCUCCUUUCUUUCUAACCAAACAAGUUUUUUCUUUUCUCUUCUAUCUCAAUACCAUUUGAGAAGCUGAGUUCUUAUGCAGUAGCAGAUGUAUUCAACUGUCAAGAACGCUCACAGUCACAGGCCUGCUGCUUCUUCAGGCCCAUUUAUGAUUCCCAUCACUUUUCUGCUGGAUGCCAUUGUUGUUGUGCUGGUUGUGAGUCCUUUUGCUGUCACUGGUCUCAAGGAAUGUACCAACACUCCCACACAAUCUCAUACCUUGCGCGCCCAGUUAUCAAAAUCCAAAAACCAGACAUGGAAGGCUGAGGUUAUGUCUCACUAUCACCUCACUCCGACAGAUGACUCUGUCUGGGAAACUUUGCUGCCCAGAAAAUUGUUGAAAGGAGGAAAAAAUGAGCAUGAUUGGGCAAUGAUGUACAAACAGAUUAAGAAUCAAGGGUUGUUGAACUCGAACUCACCUCAAGGUAUUCUCAAAGAAGUUUCACUACAUGAUGUGAGAUUGGAUCAAAACUCGAUCCAUUAUCGGGCACAGCUCACAAAUUUGGAGUAUUUGUUACUGUUGGAUGUUGACAAUUUGCUAUGGAGUUUUAGGAAUACAGCUGGCUUGCCUACUCCUGGCACGCCUUACGGAGGUUGGGAAAGUCCUGAAAUGGAGCUUAGGGGCCAUUUUGUUGGCCAUUACUUGAGUGCAUCGGCUAGAAUGUGGGCUAGCACACAUAAUGAUGCUUUGAAGGGGAAAAUGUCAGCCAUCGUUGGUGGUCUUUCAGCUUGCCAACAGAAAAUUGGAACAGGAUAUCUCUCAGCAUUUCCAUCUGAAUUUUUUGAUCGCUUUGAAGCAAUUCAAUAUGUGUGGGCUCCCUAUUACACCAUUCACAAGAUCAUGGCUGGGCUACUAGAUCAACAUAUUGUAGCUGGAGACCCUCGUGCUUUGAAAAUGGUGACGUGGAUGGCUGAGUACUUUUACAACCGUGUGCAGAAUGUGAUCGCAAAAUACACUAUAAGUAGACACUACCAAUCAUUGAAUGAAGAAACUGGAGGAAUGAAUGAUGUCCUUUACAAUUUAUAUAGCAUAACGGGAGAUCAAAAGCAUCUAUGGCUGGCUCAUCUUUUUGACAAGCCAUGUUUUUUAGGGUUGCUUGCUGUAAAGGCUGAUGACAUUUCGGUAUUGCAUGCUAAUACACAUAUACCGAUUGUUGUUGGAUCUCAAAUGCGGUAUGAGGUUACUGGUGAUCCGCUUUAUAAGGAAAUUGGAACAUUCUUUAUGGACAUUAUUAAUUCUUCUCAUAGCUAUGUAACUGGAGGAACAUCAGUUGCAGAGUUUUGGAGUGAUCCAAAGAGAAUGGCAGAUAAUAUUUUGAAAACAACAGAAACUGAAGAAUCAUGCACAACUUAUAAUAUGUUGAAGGUUUCAAGACAUCUAUUUAGAUGGACCAAGGAAGUAACAUAUGCAGAUUAUUAUGAGCGUGCCUUAACAAAUGGUGUGCUAAGUAUUCAAAGAGGCACGGAUCCUGGAGUGAUGAUUUAUAUGCUCCCUCUUGGCCCUGGGGUUUCAAAGGCUAAAACUGGACAUAGUUGGGGAAAUAAAUUUGAUUCUUUUUGGUGUUGUUAUGGAACCGGAAUUGAAUCAUUCUCAAAGUUGGGGGAUUCUAUUUAUUUUGAACAAGAAGGGAACCCAACACUUUACAUAAUCCAAUACAUAUCAAGUUCUUUUAAUUGGAAGUCUGGGGGUUUCAUGCUUAAUCAAACUGUGGCUCCUACUACUUCAUGGGAUCCUUACAUAAGAGUUACCUUCACAUUUUCUCCUACUGAGGGAGCUGGCUCUUCCUCUACACUAAACUUCAGGAUACCAACAUGGACAGUUUCAGACAGCGCCAAGGCUGUACUGAAUGAUCAGACUUUAUCUCUUCCAUCUCCUGGAAAUUUUUUGUCAAUCACAAGAAAAUGGGGUAGCAAUGACAAGUUAACCCUUCAGAUUCCGCUUACAAUCAGAACAGAGGCUAUUGUAGAUGACAGAUCAGAAUAUGCUAGUCUUCAAGCAAUUCUUUAUGGUCCAUAUCUUCUUGUUGGCCAUACCACUGGUGAUUCGGACAUUAAAGUUGGAUCAGACUCAUCUAAUGCAAAUUGGAUUACUCCAAUCCCAGCUACUUACAACAGUCAACUAGCAACUCUUUCCCAAGUUGUUUCAAACUCAACUUUGGCUUUAACAAACUCAAAUCAAUCUCUUAUAAUGCAAGAAUUUCCUGAACCUGGCACAGAAUCAGCCCCUUAUGCUACCUUCAGACUUAUUUCAAGUCAAUCAAACUCCAAGUUUUCAACAGUGAGAGAUGCCAUUGAUACAUCAGUAAUGUUGGAACCCUAUGAUCUUCCUGGAAAACUCUUAAUGCACCAAGGAGCAGAAAAAGGUCUUGUGAUUGCAGAUUCUUCCAAUGGCGGGGUCUCAAGUGUUUUCAAUGUGGUUGCAGGAUUGGAUGGGAAAAAUGGAACCAUUUCCUUAGAGUCCAAAAGCAAUAAAGGUUGCUUUGUAUCUAGUUCCGGUUCUGGUGCAAGCGUGAAGCUAAUUUGCAGUUCUGGUUCUGAUGUUAAUUUCAACCAAGCUGCAAGCUUUAUAGCAACACAAGGAAUAAGCCAAUAUAAUCCUAUCAGUUUUGUGGCUAAAGGGGCAAGGAGAAAUUUUGUUUUGGAGCCAUUAUAUUCCUUUAGAGAUGAAACUUAUAGUGUUUACUUUAACAUUCAAGCUUGAUAUAGAUUUCCUUUUCCAUCCUCUUGAGAGCUACAGAAAUGAUUGGGAAGUGUAUAUGGUACAUCAUUGGAAAGUUCUCUUUUCAUUCAAAUGAUGAGCGAGUGUACUGAAACAUGCAUCUCAAAUGGCAUGAAUGAUGAUGAUGCAAUGUACAUGAAAAAAUAAAUGAAUAUAUAUAUAUAGGGAAAAUUAAUAUUAGUCCCCAUAUUAGUUUUUAUCAGCUUU